AGCAAUACAAACCCUGGAUAUGUAACAACGCUAUUGAGAGGAUAGGAGAUAUGUCUUCUUUUCCCCCAUUCCAUCUUUGAGCUUAAAAGCAAUCAAGCAGUUCUAUAUCUCUUCAUCUCAUCAACUGUCUUUCCUCUCCUUUCUUCCGUUCCUCUACUCUAUCUCAAAAAUGGUUCACUUCUUGCAAACGCUGGGACUUGUCCUCACCACGGCCUCUGUGCUUACAGUAGCCAGUCCCCUACCACAACCUGCUUCGGAACUUAACGAUGCUCCUACCAAAGUCAAGCGUGCUACUUGCACUUUCACGGCUGCCGCAGCGGCAAUUGCUUCCAAGAAAUCUUGUUCCCAAAUCACUUUGAGCAACAUUGCUGUUCCCGCAGGAACCACACUUGACUUGACAGGGCUUGCAUCUGGCACCGAAGUCAUUUUCUCCGGCACAACUACGUUCGGCUAUGAAGAAUGGUCUGGUCCUCUUAUCUCAGUGUCAGGCUCAGGCAUCACUGUCAACGGCGCUUCAGGAAGCAAGAUCGAUGGAGGCGGUGCUCGCUGGUGGGAUGGAGAGGGGUCAAACGGAGGCAAGACCAAGCCCAAGUUCUUCUACGCCCACAGCCUCACGGGUAGUUCAAUCAUUGAGAACCUCAGUGUCUUGAACACCCCAGUGCAAGCAUUCUCUAUUGAUGGUGCUAACGGCCUCACCCUCUCUCACAUUACUAUCGACAACUCGGCCGGGGACACAGGGGGUGGCCACAAUACAGAUGCAUUCGACGUAGGUGACAGUACCGACGUUACUAUUGCCAACGCCAUUGUGCAGAACCAAGAUGACUGCUUGGCUGUCAACUCUGGAACUAGUAUCACUUUUACAGGUGGAACCUGCUCUGGAGGUCAUGGUCUAUCAAUUGGCAGCGUAGGCGGCCGAAGCGAUAACACUGUUUCAGACGUUACCAUCUCUUCUUCCACCAUCAAAAAUUCCAUGAACGGUGUCCGUAUCAAGACCGUAUCUGGUGCCACUGGCUCCGUAAAAGGCGUUACUUACGAAGACAUCACUCUCUCUGGCAUUACCCAAUAUGGUAUUGUCAUUGAACAAGACUAUGAAAACGGGAGUCCAACAGGCACACCCACUACCGGGGUUCCGAUCACAGUCCUCACACUAGAUGGUGUUACAGGCACCGUCUCAUCAUCAGGCACUAACAUUUACAUCUUGUGUGGAAGUGGAUCAUGCUCUGACUGGAAAUGGAGUGGUGUUUCCGUCACUGGAGGCAAGAAGAGCUCGAGCUGCAAGAACGUGCCUUCGCCAGCUUCUUGCUAGACGGACUCGGCGUCUGUUGAGGGAU